AACUUCAAUGUAUAGUUGUCAUGUUACAGUAAUUUAACACUCGUGGAAACAGAAGGUUGAUGGUUCUGGCCAAAUAAGUGAUCCUUAACAAGAAAGACAAUAGCCGCAUGAGUCUGUCAAGAGCCACACCUACUUAUAUCGAAGAUUACAACUGGUAUGAAUUCUGAAUUAUACAAACAGUCAAUAGUAUGUUAUAGAUGUUUUAAACCGUCAUGUAGUCUCGCCUUUAAAACAGUACGUUCGGCCUAUACCAUUUGUCAGUUGUCAAUUCUCCCACUCGCUUUUCUCAAGUUUUCUGGAAGUUCAUUUGUCCUCUCUUGUGUUGGCAUAUUUGUGUUUAUCGAGCUAAAUGUUUCGCUUCUUCGUAGAGCCACAGAGGGUAAUAACAAUUGGCAAAUAGAGACAAAGGUUUGCCACGGAUUUUUCUAGUCUUCUACAAGUUUCAACUAAUCAGGUUUUAUUUGCAAUUAGACGCAGUAGAACGGGACAGCAUUUUCACGGGAACAAGAAGACGAAUACAGCAAUGUCUAACAGCAGCGAGGCUACCUCAACAAACCCGUCGCAGACAUUCUCAGACGGAUUCCGCGCCGGUACAGCAACAUUCACCAUAAUUCUCAUUCUUGGUACAGUAUUCGGUAACAUUCUGGUCAUCGUUGCGUUUUCGCGUUACGAACGCAUCCGCACUGUGACAAAUUACUUCUUGGUGUCAUUAGCAUGUACUGAUCUUUGCGUUGGAUUGUUCUCAAUGCCCGUAUGGGUAGCGUACGUAUUGACUGGACCGGUCUGGGUACUAGGCGCUGGCUUGUCACGUGUUUGGACCAUGGUUGAUAUUUUAAUAGGGACGGCAUCCAUUAUGAAUCUCAUGGUGAUAAGCUUUGAUCGCGUUCUGUGUAUAAAGCGGCCUUUGCAUUAUAAGCUAUGGAUGACCACACGGAAAGUGACUGGAAUCAUUUCUUCCGUUUGGCUAUAUUCCUUUGGCGUGGCGGUGAUAAGUUUCUUUCUUUAUCACAAGCGCAUUUUCAACCUGAUUGCAGCUAUCGUGUGCUACUGCAUUCCACUGCUGGUUAUUAUCACCGCGCACUCGAUUAUAUUCAGAGUGGCACUGCAUCAGCUGAAACAAAUACGCGCUACUACGCCUGCGCAGUAUCCAAGGCGUAGCAACAACUUCUUGAAGGAACUCAAGGCAACUAAGACACUGUCUGUAGUAGUGGGUGCCUUUCUAAUAUGUUGGUUGCCAUUCAUGAUAAUAAACACUAUCUACAGUUUGUGUGACCCUCAGAGCUGCCAUCUGGUGAAGCCAGAAAUUAUAAUGGUCACUAAAUGGAUGCAUUACGGUAAUUCCUUGCUCAACCCAAUUAUUUACACAUUCUUGAACUAUGACUUCAGGAGAGCGUUUAAAGCGAUACUCUUUUCCAGAAAUUCGAGACUCCAAGGUGGGAUACUUACCGAAACAAGGAUGUCAGCAGCUAUAAAUAGUGCUUUCCAUAUGGAACAGCGCAAGUAACUCAUCAUUCUCUGGAGCUUUUUUGAGCCAAUCACUUCGCGUAGUAAUGCAAUUGGCCAGUAUUAUUGCAGACCGAUUUGGACUCUACUCGCCAGGUCCUCUGGAAUAUAGUGCAUCGCAUAAUGAAACCAGUUAUAGUAUAAGGUACUGACGAAAAAUAGUAAGAAAUAAAUAAAUCUCGUUAGACGGAACGUCUAAAAACCGGCUACAAGAUGGGGGCGUUAGGAGAUGGGACUGCAGGAAGAGGGGGUUACAAAAACGAUUACCCCGGUAUCUGCCUCUAGAUGAUGUCAGGUUUUAACUUCCAGUUAAGAGAUCACGUCUCUGCUUGGAAGUCGGAUAUAGAUAUACGUUCCUUUGCAUGAUUAGGGCAAUUUUCCUAGUUGCAGCGUUUUGCUUGAGGAACUGAUGUUUCAAGCGACUCAGUGUAUUAAACUGAUUGGAAAAAUUGUUAUCACUCCACCAUGUAAAUAGUGUGAACAUUGCAGAACCCUCGAAUCUUCUCCAGAUGGUCUAACUCAACAUAUAAUGUUCUUACUAGACGCAACUGCAGAGUUUGUUUGCAUCAAAACCUUGAAAGGAAACACGUCUGAAGAAUUUUUAUUUAUUCUGUAUCGUGACUGGCUGUAGGAGAUUUCCUGCGUUAUGGCAAAAUGAUAACAGUGAAGACCAAAGAAGAAUUUUCAGGAGGCGAACACCACUCUCCUUUUUAUUUCGUCUCGCAGAAAGGAAGCCAUCACAUGGCCUGCGCAUGCUAUCAUGCGAUUCACUGUUAUGUCUUGUUUAUAUUUGUCAUGUGCCUUUCCCGCGGUUUUUUUCAGUGUCACGCAAUGAGUUACGUUGCGUGACUGCAUCCAGUUAAGCGAGUCGACUGAUACUUACGAUAUUGUCAAAGAAGGUUACUCUCUGUGUUGCUAUGCCACUCAGAAAAAUCCGUUCUAUAUUGUUUAGUCCGCUAUAUUACGUGCAUUUGGUGAUGUUCAGAAUAUAGUUUCACAAUCGAUGUUUUAAAUACCGAGUUCCUAGAAUACACUCUUUUUUCGAUAAGAAUAUUGUUUUGCCGAGGCUGAAAUUCUUAUUUUCCCGCCGAUUUUAGAUUGGAAAUGUUGUUUAUUGUGAAUGUUCUUAGAUUAUAGCGUAUGACAUAUCUGUUUUCGACUGUCUGGAUGGUGUCUGGUGGUGUCUGGAUGAAGUAAUUCUGGAGCAAGCCUGCAGGCAUCAUAGCCUGAUAUCACGCACAUAAGUUCUUGCAGAAAUGUUAUUCAGUAGCAUCGAAUAUACGGCUAGUGACGUUUAGAUACAGGAAGAAUUUAUACGGUUUAGUUAAAAACAUAUAAUUGUAAUGUAUUUACACAUUCUAACACAUACAAAUAUCUUCUUUUCAAAGUCUCGGCCCUGGGUUUAUUCUUAAAAUAUUCUUAAAAUUUUGCAAAAUUCACCCUCGAUAUUCCUAUAAAACAUAUUCUUAUAGAAAAAGUAACAGUGCAUGAAGACAAAAUUGUCUCGAUACAAGUCCUGAAAAAGAAUUAUAUAAAAAAAAAUAAACAGAUUGGAUGAUAAAAACUGUAAGUUUAGGAAUAGUGCGCAAUCUCAUGUGAUACGAAUCUAAGACUUAUGCGCUUGUUCAUCAGAUACAUUUAGAUACAUAUAGAUUAUUGAAACUUCAAAAUCACAGCUCUAUGACUGAAUGCGAUAAAACUUUACAAAUGAAUUCAAAUAAUAAGACUAUGCUAAAAUGUGAUCCAUGAAAAACA